UUUGGCUCACAGAUUUCCGAUGAGAUGGCAGAGAACCUGAUGACCAUAGCGUAUGAGAACGGUGUGAACCUGUUUGAUACAGCUGAGGUGUACGCUUCAGGCAGAGCUGAGAUCACUCUUGGUAAUAUUAUUAAGAAGAAAGGAUGGAGGAGAUCCAGUUUUGUAGUAACGACCAAAAUCUACUGGGGAGGACAGGCGGAGACAGAGAGAGGCCUGUCCAGGAAACACAUCAUCGAAGGUCUUCGAGGUUCUUUGUCAAGACUGCAGCUGGAUUACGUGGACAUUGUCUUUGCAAAUCGAAACGAUGUCAACAGUCCGAUGGAAGAGGUGGUGCGUGCGAUGACGUUUGUCAUAAACCAAGGCAUGGCCAUGUACUGGGGGACGUCCCGCUGGAGCGCUAUGGAGAUAAUGGAGGCGUACUCGGUGGCUCGGCAGUUCAAUCUGAUCCCCCCGGUGUGUGAACAGGCCGAGUAUCACUACUUCCAGAGGGACAAAGUGGAAGUGCAGCUGCCUGAGCUCUACCACAAAAUCGGUGUGGGGGCGAUGACCUGGUCUCCGUUGGCGUGUGGUUUGAUCACCGGGAAAUACAGUGAUGGCGUUCCAGAAUGUUCUAGAGCUGCAAUGAAAGGCUAUCAGUGGCUGAAGGAGCGUGUUCACAGUGAAGAAGGUCGGAGACAGCUGGCUAAGAUCAAAGAGCUCCACCUACUGGCUGACCGACUCGGCUGCACCGCCGCACAGCUCGCUAUUGCCUGGUGUUUGCGCAGUGAAGGUGUUAGUUCUGUAUUGUUGGGAGUCUCAAACGCAGAUCAGCUACUGGAAAACUUGGGAGCGCUGAGGUUUCUCUCUCAGAUGACUCCUCAGACGGUAAACGAGAUCGACGCGCUGCUGGGCAACAAGCCUCACUCCAAGAAAGAGUCCCGCGCGUGAGGAAGGAAACGAGACGACGAGAACGCAACGACGAGAGCCGAGUGCGAGCGGGACAAAAGGAUGGCUUUCGCUUCCUCCCCUUCCUGUGUACUCCAUCUUCCUGCAUGGCUCCUGCAAACCACCGGGCUUCCAGAACGAUCCGAACCAAACCCACUCUCGAUCUUUUAUAAACAUGUCACAGACACAUCGCUACACCGUUAAAAACAAAAGGAGAGAUUUUCCUCUCCACAAGAAAAAAAAAUACAGACAGACUAAUAUCUGAAUAAGAGAGAACAUCAUGUCUUCCAGGUGAAACACUUCGGAGAAGGGGGCGGAGUUGACAAAAAAAAACUCAGUUCCUUUUCCCAGGAUGCCGUGCAGCAGGCUUUUGGUGCGUGUGUGUGUGUGUGUGUGUGUGUGUCUGUGUGCGUAUGUGUAGCUGCUCUUCACUGCCGAUGAUGUUAACCCCAACCCCAAGCAGCAAAACACAACUCGUGUGUGUGUGUGUGUGUGUGUGUGUGUGUGUGUGUUAACCCACUUUUCCGCCAACACAGAACCUUUUUAUGAACCGUUCCCACUUUUCCACCAUUUUAAGAGCUGAAUAAUCCGAUGUGGGUGUGGCCUAAUGUAGGCGUAAAAAAAAACAACCGUGGUUUUUUUGAAUACUUUAUACAUAGCACAGAGAGUGGCACUGUGCUAAUCAUUUGUCUCGUAGCUGGCUACCUUUAGUUUAACGUUCAUAUUUUGUAUUUGCUAACGUAACGUAACUUAAUUACAUCUCAUAGAGCUAGCACAGAAUGUCAACUCAUGAACUAGUGAGUCGGUAGUGCUGAAGAAUAUUUACGUUAAUAUUAACGUUCACACAAAGGCUACUAACAUCGCUAGCAUUGUCGCUUUCGUUCCAGAACUAGCGCAAACUCACAGGUUUGGCUAAUCAAGAAUGUGCUAGGUAAAAAAAAAAACCUUAAUGAUUUGUUCAUGCCUGUGAAUCAAGUCAAUUGAUUCACUUAAAGGAGUUGUUUAAAAUUUUUGAUUCAUUGAAGGCCAACAGAUUUGUGGUGCUAGAACAGAACCGGAAAUUUGUUGGUUGACAAUCACAGGACGGUUCUAGAUUAAUGUUCUGCUGCUGUGUCGGUGGAAAAGCAUUGUGUGUGUGUGUGUGUGUGAGUGUGUGUGUUGACUCAUUCUCAUAGCCUGCAAUAGGAGUCACACAGAACCGACUCAGUGUCAUUUAUUCCUCGUAAUCAUUCUCCCGCCAUUAUUCACAUCCCCGGAAUGGCGGAUGGACAAAUCGCCAUGGCGACGACUGGUGUGCGAAAUGGAGCGAAUGUAUGAACUUAUUUCUUCCUCCAUAGUGUCACUGUGGUCGACAAACUGUGCGCAUGGCCCUUUAAGACAGUCCCCACUCUCUCUCUCUCUGUGUGAGUGUGUGUGUGUGUGUGUGUGUGUGUGUAUGACUCCUGCGAUAACUCUUUUUCUAUCUCUGAAGCAAAAACUGUCAGAGGUCAAAGGUCAGGGAGACCAGAGAAAUCAUUCUAGACAUCAGUGACAAUGAUAACAUGAAGAGAAACUUCCAUCGUGUGUGUGUGUGUGUGUGUGUGUGUGUGUGGACGCUGGUCAGUAUGAAGACGUUAGAUGCCAUAAAGCUUGACUCUUGCUCAUUUUUCUGAAGAAAAAAAGUUUCAGUGCAGGUGGUGGUGUGUUUCCAUCAGCUGUUAUGGCUGUUUAGGGUCAUUCCCAUGUUCCCAGGGUCCUAUGUUCCCCAGUUCAAUAUUCACAUUAAGUAAACUUUUCAAAAGGUUUUAUGUAGUCGUCAGGACUCCCAGGGCUCUAUUAACUUUAUUACCUUUUAACGUUAAACACCAAAAACACAUUUUAAAUGAAUAACAGCAUACAUUAGUUUAAACAUACAUUACUAUCCAUCCUUCAUCCACACUUGAAAUGUGUGAAAGUUAUUUGUGCUGCUCUAAAAACGGUAAAAAAAAAAGUCUAGGUUCAUACAUCCAUACAGCUCAAUUCCGUGCAUGAACAGUACCGAACUGUUCACAAUAAACUGCAGAAACGCCGGACUGUGGCCUAUAAAACACAGGAAACAGUCAUAAAAGGAACAAAAUGUUAAGGAUGAACAUGUCCCGGUAAAGUAUCGCUCCAGCUUUAAAUCACCUGCUCUAUAUCAUUUCAAGGAUGCACCGGCUAACAGCUCUCCCGUGUGGAGGAAAUGGUCUGAAGCCCUGACUAUACCGUGUUUUUAUUCUGGUUAGUCGGGCCUCCAAGUCCCUCCACAUCCUACAUAAUUAAAGAGGCAGGAAAAAUAAUCAAUCCACUUUAUUUUUGCCCCAAGUCACAUGUCAUGGAUGAUGAGGCACACAUCAUCGCCCCUCAAAUUGGGACGUUUUCACGUUUUGCACUUAAGUUAUUACAGAGCGUGCAUUCGUGCAUGAGCAUGUUGUAGGUAUAGGUGGGAGAAGUGGUGCCCUUUUAAAUGUCUUUUAAACAAAAGUGUUUUUACUUUGCAACUUUACUUUAUUCACAAAACCAUGUUCCAAUCUGGAGAACAUAGAGACGCUCCCGCUCUUUAGCUAUACAUGUUUAGCUACUUCACUGACAACCCAGGCUAGGUAUAUCUAUUUUUAUUAUUUUUAACUUCCCAUUUUUAUUUUGAUUAAAUAACUGCCCUAUUUCACAACUUUUCUGCAAUAUUUUAAUAGCAAAAAACGGAGGCAUGCUAGCUAGCUAGCUUUAGCGACUCUACCCAGUUUGUUUCCAUAAUUGACAUUUCUGUGAAAUCAUUUGAAGCGGGUACGCAACACGUGACCAUGUGAUGGGUUUCAGUUUUCAGCGACUGGACCUGUGUGAAAUGUUGCGCUAUUCUCUACUUAUCCCAAGCAAUAGUUAGCGUUCCUGCCACAAUAGCGGCCAUUUCGACUUCCCAAAUGCUAACAUGCACAAACUUUGUUCUAAAAAAAAAAAAAAAAGGCUUAAUUUUCAAGAUUUACGUGUUUUUAUUUUCUGCUUUCGUGUGUUUCGACCAAGUCCCCGUUUACAAAUGAAAUAAAUCAUAAAGUAUGUUUUUACUGUGACACAAAAGACGUUUAGCAUUCCUGCAUCUCGUGCCAGGUAUAGCUGAGUGUUUAGCACUAGCGACUCUUUCGUAUAACACACCUGUAUGUCUCGAUCUGUAUGUAUUAUUUUAUUAUUUUUUAUUUUUAGAGUGAAUUGUAGUAACGCUAGUUGCUAGUGUUUGGGAUACAGCACACAUUUGCUACAUCAUCGUUUAUUUGGACAACUUGCUUUCAUCCGUACGCUAACUUUCACACCACAGAUUAGCAUAGACAUUAGCAUGAGGAUGGAAGGAUGGGAAACACACUACAGUUCGAGCAGUGAGAUUUAUUUAUGACUGUUAUGAUGUGGAUUUAGCUUUCAGGACACGUAGCGGAGCAUGUCUGUUUAUUAGGCGUGUGUGUGUGUGAGAGAGAGAGAGAGAGAGAGAGAGAGAGAGAGAGAAAGAGAGUGAAGCUUUUUUAAUGACACUGGAGGAUCCGUUUUUUCCAGCAAGAAGUCGGGAAUGUAAUCAGAAAGUUUCGUUUGUUUUCGCACCCAGAUGACCGUGUCUGACUCGCUGUCACUCACUUUGAUGGGUUGUGAUGGAAUUUCAUUUGCUGAGUCACUCCACUCAAUGUUCCCUCAUGGACCACUGUGAUUUGGGACACAGCCGCAAAUCUGCCCGGCAACAGCAGACGCAAGGCAGCGUCUGGUGGUCUGGUGCUCCUCUCCUCUGCACUCCGUUCAAACCAUUCUAAGCUGUUUGAUUCUUAUGAAGCAACUCAAACGAUAUGAUUCAUUUGAUUCACUCGAAUCACCACUCGGAGUGACGAUCCACAAAUAUCCUUCAGGCUUAAAAAAACGUGGACCACCUCCAGUAUCUCAUGCACACAGUUUCACGGUUCUCAAGAACAAUCUUGGUAUGGUGUGGAGAGUCGAAAAAUUCGAUGUGUUCAUUUGUGAAUUGACUCGAAUCACUUUGUGAACUCUUUGCUCACAAGUUGUGCCGCGUACAGCCGAGAUUCAAGACGGCCGUCUUAUGGUGCACAUCUGAGUUCAAUUUCAUUCAGUGCCAGUUUAUAAAAGCAAUCAAGUCAGGAUGAAGUGCUGACUAAAGAUGAACGAAUCAAUGAAUCAAACAAUCAAUGAAUGAAUCAAAAAUCAGCCUUUGGAUGUAGAAUCCUGUAUUAAUCCUGUAUUUCAGGGCAGUGAUAUGAAUCCCUUUACUGCUGAAGAGAAUCCACAGCUCGAGUGGCCGCUCUACAAUAAGGACACGUUCAUGAUUAUGUCACUAACCUCAACCGUUUUAUUUAUUUAUUUUAAAAAAUUAAACAUUGUACUUGAGCUGGACCUGAGAGAAGCCGGACUCACGUUCAAACGCGAAUGCUUUGAAUGGUUUCUUUUUUUUUUUUCAUGUGAUGUAUUAUAGUUAGCAAGAUCUUAGUUAUACGAAGACCAAGAUCUGACCUGAGCAGCGUACAUACACGUUUAGAGCACAGAAAAAAAAUCCUCCGUAACUCUGCCUGUGUCUGUUCUAUUUUAAUGUCUUGCACCAAGAAAAAAAAAAAAGAUUCACUCAAACCCUGUAUCGAAUGUAUUCAUGCUUGCCUUUAAAAUGUCUGAAGAAACUCA